UAUUGCAUCGAUCGAACGAGCAAACGCACAUAACAUUACGAAAUAUAAACUCAGAUUGCAUACGAAUUAAUCUUUUAUUUGAUAAGUUUUUCCUGCUAUCUGAUCAAAAACAGAAUUAAGUUAAAAACCAUGGCGAAGUUAGGUUUAGCCCGGCAUCGGUAUACGAUUGCAAUAUUAUGCUGGCUUUAUGUGAUUUUAUCUCUACUGAUGCACAUUUACUGCAUUUUCAACACAUUUGUUGGGAGCAUCUUCGUGAUCUCUUGUAUAUAUCUUCUAAUUGGAGUUUAUGGAUUGUAUUCUCUUUACAAAGAGAACGGAACGUUAAUGAAAAUUUUUGGCAUCAUUCUCAUCAUCAUAAGCGUAUUGCAAAUACUCGAACUAAUAGGAGUGCUGAUGAUAUCACUACUACGUGAAACAUUUCUCGAUCUAUUCCUAAAAGAAGCUAUGGAUACCUACUACGAUUCUGCCGAAAACCGAGACUUUAUGGAUGGUAUACAGCGGGAGCUAAAAUGUUGUGGACGACAAUCGUACAACGAUUGGACUAUAUAUAUGCAACCAUCUUCAUGCUGCAGAACCAGUGAAUGUUUGGACUACCAUAUAGACGGUUGUGUUAGUGCGCUAAGUCCCUAUUUUACGUCCUUGAUCCUGGUCAGUGGAUUCGUUGGGGUCAUUAGCAUUAUUGUUCAUAUCUACGGAGUUGUUUCUGCGUUCAAUUUGGCCAGAGUUUAUAAUCGAAGACCGAUUUUACCGACUAUUAAGCACGGCUUCGCCAACUAUUAGUUCCGGCCAGCAGCAAGGAAUACCAAUUGUUCGAUGUUACUUUUGUGUAAAAUGUCUAUUUGUACGUAAGAAGCAAUACUAAAAGAUUUAAAAAAUGAAAUUCCGUGAAGUUUCAAUAAAUUCCAUCGACAUCAAGAAUACUGUCGACUCGCAAAGCAAUUGCUUUUAGUUUCAUUUCCCUUUAAGACGACAUGCAUCAUAACAAUGAGUGUUAUUUUUGACCAAAUGAAAUAUUAUUGCUAGCUGUCGUAGACUGAAUAAAUGUUAUUGUUGUCGCUGCAA